UAUCUCUGUCCGCCAUUCCCCAGGCUGUUCCCUCCCUGCCGCCGCUUUCUCUCCCGUGUGCGUCCCGGGCAAGCCGAGCCCCCUCCCCAGCCCGCGACUGCGCCCUGGGCCCCGAGCGCCCCGCCCCACCCGAGAACCUGCGCUGAGGCGGCCCCACAGGGCGCAGGCCCAGACCCUCAGCGUCCACCGCCCGCUGCCCGCAUCCGCCCGCCCGGCGUCCGAGCCCUUCACAGGCGACGGGUAGAGCUGGAGCCCCGGGCCUGGGCGCCAGGUGGGCUCCUGGGAGGGUCAUGAAGCAGGCCCUGGUGGAUGAUACCGAGGAUGUGUCCCUGGACUUUGGAAACGAGGAGGAGCUGGCCUUUAGGAAAGCGAAGAUCAGACACCCCUUGGCCACCUUUUUCCACCUGUUUUUCCGAGUGAGUGCCAUCGUCACCUACGUGUGCUGCGACUGGUUCAGCAAGAGCUUUGUGGGCUGUUUUGUCACGGUGCUGCUCCUCCUGUCCCUGGACUUCUGGUCUGUGAAGAAUGUAACCGGAAGACUCCUGGUGGGCCUUCGAUGGUGCAACCAGAUAGAUGAAGAUGGGAAGAGCCACUGGAUCUUUGAAGCCAGGAAGGUCUCCCCGAAUAACACUGCUGCCACAGAAGCUGAAGCGCGAAUCUUCUGGCUGGGCCUCAUCAUCUGCCCCAUGAUAUGGAUUGUGUUUUUUUUUGGCACCUUAUUUUCCUUGAAGCUAAAGUGGCUGGCUCUCGUGGUUGCUGGGAUCUCUCUCCAAGCUGCAAACCUGUAUGGCUACAUCCUUUGUAAGAUGGGAGGCGACAGUGACAUUAGCAAGGCCGCAGCCAGUUUCCUGUCCCAGACAGUGUUCCAGACGGCCUGCCCAGGUGACUUUCAGAAGCCGGGCCUUGAGGGCCUGGAGAUUCACCAGCAUUAGGAAUUGAUGAGGUUCUCUUCUUUUGACUGACGGAGAUCACAAAACUCUUGGAUUCCUGGAAAACAAGACGACAGGCAUAGAGUGCUAAGAAUUGUCCACCCCUUGACAGCCCCGUCCUGUGCUGGGGAGGGCCGUGUCUUGACGGGGCUGGAAUCCUCUGGCUAGUUCCAUAAAAAGCCCGUGUCUGUGAUGUCCUGAGUCUUUGAAAGUGACCGGAAUACCUCACACUGCCCAUCAGAGUCAUAACCAUGGCUGAGGCCUUCCUCGGCCCAACUAUAGAUGGAGGAUUCUGGGAAUGCUGUUUCCUUACCCUCAACAUCAUUUUUCUAGGCAAGUAAAACCCAGCCACAAAUUUGGAGACCGCAGCUUUAACAAACACUGACACCUGUGCCUUCACUCUGGGGCCUCUGAUGGCUGCCACUGGCUGCACGUGGGUUUGGUCUGGCUAACCAAAGUUUUUACUUCUUUUUUUUUAUUUUUUUGAGACAUGGUCUUACUCUGUCGCCCAGGCUGGAGUGCGGUGGCGCGAUCUCGGCCCACUGCAACCUC